AUGCGUGGUGGUGGUCCUCCCGCGGCCAGCAGGGCGAAAAGGAGGAGCAGGGCCGAGCAGGGGAGCUGGACCAUCAACGUCGUGGACAGAACUGACAGGUCCCGAGGCAGGCAUCGCGAUGAAUACGGGGGACGGCUGAUCCCUCUUUCCCUUUCCAGGGACGCCAGCGCCACUGAAAUCAUGGAUCGGCUGGCACAUGACGGCAGACGAAACAAGGUUGUGGUGCACUGGAAGGACGGGGCACGAGAGAACUUUGACGAGUACGUUCCCGUGCGGGAUGCCCGUGAAUACGCCUCUCACCUCGAGGUCAAGAGGCGAGUCCACAUGGCAUAA